AAUACUCUGGGAUGUGUAGUUCGAAUUUGUUACCGCUCAGCUCCCGCUCGUGCAGGUCCUCCUUGUGAAAAACCACAUCACCCGUGAUAGCGAUAAAUCGCAGCUUACAUUAAACGAGUCAAAGGGUUUAGGGAUUGUAGUUCAUACGGUUGUCCAGAAUCCCAAAAAAGACCGGUCGAAUCAAACAUUACAAACUACAAUUUCCAAGCUGCCGAGCGACGUUGUUAUAGUCAUCGUUUUUUUCGACGCGAAAGAGCGCAUCGGUGCCUCUUGGAGGUUGUUAAAUUCCGCGAUAGACACACCGCUUGUAAAUAAAAACAACUUUAACUGUAAUGGUUGUGUUUUUAACAAGAUGGAGGUAAUCGAGACAAUUGUGAUACAAAACCCUGAAGUAGAAGGAAAGGAAACGGUCGUGUCCAGUGUGGAUUCGGAUAAAACAAAAACAGAAUUUAUCUGGACGGUGCAGGCUACAUGGCAUCUUGUCAAUACCCGGCUUGAAAUGGAUCAGGCCUUUGACCAGCCAGUGUGCAAAAAAAAGAAACUCUGGGAAAUGGUGGCAGAGAAGGUCAAUGCCAAACUGAGGGAAUCAGAGGUCACAGAUGUCACUGUGAAGGCGUACGAAUGUGAUCUCAAGUGGAGAAACAUGCUGGCCACAUACAGAAAAAACACAGAGAGGGCCAAGAGGCUGGGAGUGGCCAGCAUCCACUGGGAGUUCUUCAAGUCCAUGCACGAUGUCCUGGGUAAGAGCAGGGAGGAGAUCGAAGCCCAGCGCAGGGCCAAGCUCAGUGGAACCAGAGUGGGCAGAGCCAUAGCCAGCAAGAGGUUUACCCCUAUCCUCCCUACACCUCCUGUGACAGCUGCUCCCUGCCCCUCCAGGCCUCCACAGGAUGUCCUGCAGCUGUACAUGGAGCUACAGGAGAGAAAGAUGAACAUGUGGGCGCAGCAGAAAGCACUGGAAGAGCGGAAAAUAGAGGCCAUCAAUAACCUGGCCCAAGCCAUCUCCAGCCUCGCUCAGAAGAACAGCGCACAGACACCAAAGGAUGGACAUUAAGCCUUCCAAGAUACUGCAUGUAGAGAACAGUUUGUUUUCAGUGUCUGAUGUUUUUAGAUUAGUUAUGCUGUCACUUUUUUUACUGUUACAGUUUAUAGAGUAGAUUGGAUUAGCAGGUGUAGCAGAAAGACAGAAUUUGUAUCUCCAAAUAACAGGAGACAUAUGGUAUGAGGACACGGACUCACUUUUAACACAGCAGGCAGAUUACAUUUCUCUUUCAACCUGUCUUCUUUUUCUUUUGGCGCUCCAAAUGAUGUAAGAAUCUUUUAUUUUUAUACCAAAAUAAAAAAGUUGGAUGAA